AUGUCUUCCAACAAACGUUCUCUUUCACACUUUGAUAAUGUGCAACGCAAAAGGUUUAGCUAUAACAAUGAGCAACGCGAAGCAAGUUCUAAACCUGUUGACACCAUCUAUCGCAUCCUCUGUCCAAUCAAAAAGAUUGGCAGUGUUCUUGGAAAAGGUGGCAGCAUUAUCAACGAACUUAGGGAGGAAACUCAUGCAAAGAUAAGGGUGGCUGAUGCCAUUCCUGGCGCAGAAGAGAGAGUCAUCAUCAUUUAUAGUUAUCUAUCCGAAGAAAGCAGGUCCUUUGAAAGUGAUCAGGAUCCUGAGAAUGAUCUUGCUGAAAAUGAUGAGCAGCUGAAGGCUCACUGUCCUGCUCAAGAUGCUCUGUUGAAAGUACAUGAUAGGAUUGCUGCGGAUGAACUAUUACAUGGAAGCAGGGAGUACAAUGAUGUAGAGCUUGAUGAAACUGUCACCUCCCGGAUUUUAGUUCCAAAUAAUCAAGUUGGUUGUCUUCUUGGUAAAGGUGGAAAUAUAAUUCAGAAAUUGCGCAGUGAGACUGGUGCAAACAUUCGCAUACUGCCUGCAGAGCAUCUCCCACCUUGUGCCAUGGCCAAUGAUGAAUUGGUCCAGGUAUACACUAUUGCCUGUAGUUAUUAUUCGCGUCUGUAUUUCUAGAGCAUGCAUCAUGUCUGGGAAGUUAGUCGUUGUAAAGGUGACGAAGCUACUUUCACGUACAUACUUGUUUAUUCAUCCACUUAGUUGUUCUUCUUGAACACAUCAAUUAGCUCUUUAAAAAUAUUCCCCAUAUGCAGAUCUCCCAGUAUAAGUGGGUAAUUUUUUCCUGGAGAAGUUUGAGGGAUGGCACAUCAUUUUGUAUUGAUCUUUGGGUUGCAAUUUCUUGAAUUUUUUAAAUUUCUAAACUAUCUAUCAGCAGCUGUCUUCUGUUCAAUCUAAUCAGUUUCCUUUGUCAUUGUGACUUAGCUGAAACUUGUCAAAUAGAUUGGUGCUGCCUUGUUCGUUCUUAUGAGAUUUGCCAUUUAGUAACAGAUAUACUUGGGGAUAUUGUGUUCUGUAAACAGUUGACACCGCAUUCUGGAUAUCAGUUCACAUAGGAGCAUGAUUUUGGUAGACAAUGGACAGUGCAACUAUUUAUCCUCUCUUUACAGUUGUGCUGAAUCGGUUUCAAAACACAUCCUAAAUGUGAUUUUCGGAAUGCUACACGGGGAAUCACCCUGUUGAUGAUAUAAUAGUCUUUACAUCUGGUGACCAUGAUUCUACUUGGGUUGAAAAUUUUCAUUUAAUCCAUGUUCUAUAAUGAAAUUGAUGGAGGAGGAAAGAUUCAGAUCCGUACCUUAUGAAAUUUAUCGUCUCUUAGCUGAACUCAGAUUUCUAAAUGCCAUUUGUCUAAGUGAUAUCAUCACUUAGCUGGGAGAAUACUCAAGCUUCUGGGAUUUCUUUCUCUCUUUCUUCCUAAAGUACCUACGUUUAUGUGAUAAAGCUUGAUAAGUGGGGAGGGGUCGAUAACUAUGCUACGAAAGCUUAACAUAUGGAGGUGAAAAAUGAUGCGUUGAAGUAAAGUCAUAUGUGGCGAGCUUAGUGUUGGUGUUAAGAAAGGAGGGAAUGGAUCUGCCAUUUAUUUGACAGUCACUUUGGAAUUGACGUUCAAGUACAGAGAUUGUUUAUGCAUCUUUGCAGGGGCGAGGUCUAUGAAAAAUAGGAAUAUUGGAUUAUAUCUUAGAUAAAUGAAACUUGAUUACGAAUCUUGGAAUUUUUUAAUACUGUAAUUGAAUUGUAGUUUACAUUGAGGUUUAUAUAACUGCCCAUCCUAGGAUUUGAUAGGUUUGGACAUUGACUUCGUCUUGCCCAAUACAUGUCAAAUCCCCUCUUCUCUAAAGUCAAAUCCUGCGUGCACCUCUAAUAAAACGGACGUUAGUCUCAGAUUGUGUGUCGUUUAACUCUUACUAAUCUUAACUUUCUCUUCUUAUCGAUGUCAAAGUUGGAUUCCAGUUCCAGCUCGUGUGUUGUGUUUACUUGUGCAAAUCUUAACUUGUGUUUAAUUGAUGAAAAGCUUCCGAGAUGUUCUGCAUGCACUGUACAGAAGAUUGUUCCCUCUUCCCUUGUCAUUACUUUUUCAUCCAGAGAAUGAUCUGAACUAUGGAAGGAAUUUCUCCAGAUAUCUGGAACCCCAGCUGUGGUUAGGAGAGCUCUGUAUGAUAUUUCCACUAUGCUACACAAGCAUCCUCGUAAAGAAAAUCCCUCCUUAAAUGAUGUCAUAUUGGCAAGUACGCAAGGCCUAUAUCAUCCUGAUGCUUCUAUUCCUCCUGUGCCUCCUAUGCCGUGGCACGGAGGAUGGUAUGGAGACGAGUCCUCUAAUUAUGCUCCUGGUGGCUAUGGUGGUGACCCCAUUAGAGAAGAGGCUGAGGAGUUUUCCAUGAAAAUCGUGUGCUCUGCUGCAAAGAUUGGCGGUGUGAUCGGGAAGGGUGGCGCAAAUGUCAAACAGUUGCAGCAGCAAACAGGAGCGAACGUUCAAGUGGAGAACACCUCUGAUCCAGAAGAGCGCGUUGUUCUCGUUUCUUCCAGAGAGGUUUGUUCAUGUGGCAAGCCUUUUUCCUUUGUCGUGUCGCAUCUUCAAGGGAUGAUAAUUUGUUGCAAGGUCAUUGUGCACUAAUUAAUAUGAGAUAUCAUGGUAAACGAUUUCAGGUCUUGUGGGAUUCAAUCUCUCCUACGGUUGAGGCAAUGCUUCAGCUACAGGGCCGAACUUCUGAAGCAUCUGACAGGGGGAUCACUACCAGGCUUCUUGUCCCAUCAAGUAAGGUCGGCUGCCUUCUUGGACAGGGUGGCUAUAUAAUAACUGAGAUGAGAAGAAGAACAAAAGCUGACAUUCGAGUUUAUUCCAAGGAUGAUAAACCACAGUAUGCCUCUGCAAAUGAGGAGCUUGUUCAGGUGCUGCAUGAGCAUCAGCUUUUCUUCUUACUGCUACUAAAUAUUCUAGAAUUGCGGAUGAGUAAACAGUGUGCUAAUUUGAGGCUCAACUUUACAGAUCACUGGAAAUCCGAAUGUUGCGAGGGAUGCCCUUCUGGAAGUCUUAGCUAGGCUCAGAGAAAGAACUCUCCAAGCUGGCAAUCCUGCCGAGAAUCAUGCUCCACGACAUUCAUUUCAUAGAUAUUCUUCAUCAGAGGCGUUUUCUGGAAGAGGAUUACCACCCGCUGGCAUGGUGGGCACUGUGUACUCUGGUGGCUUGGAACAUCUGAAGGUACAUUUCUGUGUAUUGAUUAAGGUUCUGUUCAGCUAUAUGCUGGUCAUGGAUGAACAUAGUCAUCUAAUUCUCCAUCAAUCAUCCAUAAAUACUGUAUGUUACUUUUACCAUAGUUUUGUUGCCUAAUUGUGUCACGUCUUCAAACAUAGAGCUUUUAUGAUAACGGCUGAUACAACAGAUUUAUUCAAUGGCGGCGUUUCGUAAAUAGCAAGGAAUAUUUGCACUGAGAGAAGUCUGACACUGCAUCAUUUUCUUAGGCCUAUCUCCUUCCCUUCCCCUCAUCCUCAGUCUUCAUGGUAUCAUAGCAUAGAGCUUAUCUUCAGUGCACAUAUAUGACAUUCUAUCAAAAAACUUCUUAUGUAUAAUAUGCUGAAACAAUAAGGCUUUUCCUCUCAAUUGAAUGUUUUUGUUGCGAGAGUGUGUGUUGUGGGAGGGGGCCGGGGGGGGGGGGGGGGGGUACAUUUACAUCCGAAUGCUCAUGAAUAAUAUGCUCUGUUUCCAGAAAAAUAUGUGCAACCUUUUCAAAGUAUUCCUUUGCAUUGUGAUUAUAAAUCUUCUCGUUUUUAGGAAAUUGAUUUUUUAUCAUACUGUAGAACCCACCCUCGAAUAGGCCUUACCACUUUGUUCCUGUAAUUUAUUUAAAUGAUUAAAAUCAUUAAUGAAAGUAAUAUAAUAUCUAUAGCCACCCACAAAGACAAUGGAAAGGGACAAAGAGUUAAAUAUAAUUACGGAAGGAGAAAAGUAUUUGACCUUUUCUUGUCAAUUGACGCAGCUGAGUUGGGGUGAGUUGGUCUUCUGUACUCGGACAAUAGAUGGUCUGUUCUGGGCUCCCUCAAGUUAGCCGUCUGGAUCCUCUUCGCAGGGUCAGGCUUGAAUAGAAGGGAUGUAAGUAAAGGAGACAAAACCAAGUGGUCAUUUAGCUUGAUGGUUCCUUCCUCUGUAACGAUGACUGGCGUUCAUCUUCUAUAUUCACCUUUUUUUGACUUGAGACAAGAGUACGUGCCAUGAUGAAUGUUAGAGUUUCAGUCAUGUGAUAUAAGGCUCCUAGGUUAAUGUUCAGACAGAAGAGCUUACUUAAGAAGCGGGAAGUAGCACUUGGGUUUUACAGGUUUUGCCUAAACUAAGGUGCGAGAGGCAUUGAGGAGGUAGUUGGAAGCUGUUGUAGCAUCUGUCAUGAAGAUUUGCUGUUACCAAUGUGAAGAAUUGAACGUCUUAACCCAAGAGUACUUAGCUUACUAAUAGAGAAGUCCUCAACGAGUAAUCCCUAAAUAGUUAAGCGAUCAGCAUAACUGUGGGAAAGAAUGAAUAAUUAGGAGUUCUGUUCUUAGUUGGACCGAUUCCUGGUUUGUUAGUGUCCAGUUGCUGGGUGGUUUCCCUGUUUUGUGGCCCUGGUACUUAUAUAUAACAGUCAUCUGAGAUGUGAAUACGGGUUGAGUUUUUCCUCUGCAUAUCCUCCUAGGGUUUGCGCCACUGUUCACAACAAUAACUAUGAGGUGAUUUUGCAUGAUGCUCUUGAAUCUUCCCUUUUAGUGCUUUGGGCUCUCUUAUUCAGCCUUGUAUGAAAUUUAAAGACUAUGUCCUCCAUUAAAACCUUUUUGUCAUAAUAAAUUAUCUGUAAUAUGUUCAUAGCAGACUCUUAACGAAAAAAAUGUAAAAUAGAAUACUAACCAAUGAACUGGUUAGUCGUUUAUAAUUGAGGUGAAGAACUCUAAGAUCUCCAAAGUAGCCAGUGAUAGGCAGCAGCUCUUGGUUUAACUCAUCAAUACUCUAUCUUGGUGACAUGCUAGGAGUGCCUUUCCCAUCUAACUAGCCAUCUUCUUAUGCCAGAUCAGUUGUUGAGUACUCCCCUUGAGUAAUAUCAUUUAGUGAAGAAAUUACAAAGUUUUCAGGGUACUUAUUCCAACAAGCUCCUGAGUUCUCCCGGUCAAAUGCCUGUUUUUUUUUUCUUUUUUUUUUUCUGGCUAGAUACAAAGCUAUGCUCAGUCACUCUAGAGCAUGAAACGGCCACCAAUUGCUUGAUUUAGUCGCUCUUGAUGGGCUGUGAUCAGAUUCAGCUAUGGACGAACCAGUGCUGUCUAUGCUUCAUUUGUCAGCUUGUCAUCUACAGAAUUUCCAUGAGACGAAGAGUUGGGAAUAUAGUAACUGAAGAACAAUAUGACAUGAAAGUUCAAAAAUCAGAAGACCCACCUGGAAAAUAAUUCCGUGGUAUUGAAUUUGCAUGAUUCUAGUAGAGAAUUUAUAUUUUUCCAAAGGAAGCACCUGUGGGAGUUGCUCAAGGGAAUGCAUAAAUUAUAGUGAAAGCUGGUUUAACUAGGAGUAGAGAAGAGGUAUUUUUUUGCUUCAUCCAAUGGCACAUAUGAAGUCAGACUGAGCCAUCCAUGGGAAGACUUUUUGUUGUCCCCCUCCUUUUUCUUUCCAUUUUUGGGAAGCUUACUAGGUUUUAGCUUCGAGUGUAGUCUCUGAAGCCAAGUCCAUUGCGCAGGGUGCUGGCCAGCAGUUUGAAGCGAUGGGCUUUCACCUGCCGCAGAGCAGCAGUACAGGGUAGGUGUGAGGAGGUCCUCCCAUUAUAUAUCAUCUGCCUCAUUAUAUAUACUAUUUGUUCUCUUCUUGAUGGCGUUGUGCUUCUCCAGGCAUCCAAUUUAUCGGAGCUCUCCUGAGGCCAAGCUCCCCGCCAGCAGAGCUGCUUCUCUCGCUGCAGAUGGGACUCUCAAUCAGGUACAACAUGUGUUUUUUAACACGAGAUAGAUGAAUAGAGAGAGAGAGAAAGAGAGAGAGAGAGAGAGAGGUAACUGAGGAUUCGAGGUGAUAGUUCAUGAUCCAAUGAUCUUCACCAUUUAUCUGAUCGAUUUCAUCCAGACCAGGUAGAGAGAGAAUUGGGUUCCUUCUCCCUCCUCUGAUGAUGAUGCCCGUGUGAUUGAUUCUCUUUUGGCAGAUGACCGGAGCAGGGAUGAAGCUGCAGCAGGAUCCCCUGUUCGCUUAUGAGCUUGGUGGAGACCCAUCUGCUUCUCAGAGCUUUCUCUCUCAAGCGUACGCCCCCCCUGCCUGGGACAACGCACCAGGUGAGCAGAGUUUCCAGCCUUCUCAGGGAUACUACCCCUACUGA